AAAAUAUGAAAAUGUACUAAUUUAAAAAAAAAAUCUACAAAAUUAUACUUUAGAAUUCCAAUUUAUAAAAAUUAUACUUUAAAUGAAUUAAACUUUAUACAAAAACUGCUAACGCCUGCACAUAGAUGGCAGAAAUGUGCUAGAAAAACGCUUGGUACGCAUGACUGGAUUUGCAUGACUGAAGUGGCGUUGUCUUGUGAGGUUAUAAUGACAAUAGUUCUUGGGAGGGAGAAAAUGAUGCAACUUAUGAUCUGGAUUAGAUACAAUAGAAUCAAACAGUUUUUCACAUCGAUCAUCGCUGUCCGCCCUGCAAAACACGAGAUCAUUAUCGCUGGGACUGAUGAACCGUCUUAUGAAUAUUCAAAUACCCCUCAAGCCCAUCACGCCGUCAGAGCCUGCCAGCUCCUCCAUGCUCCUAUCGUAAACACAACCGUUUGGCCAGGGAAAUUUCUUGAAGUUGACGCCUCCGCCCCCGAUUUGCUUAAAGAUUCUACUCUUGCCGUCGAACCUCGUAUAGACUCCGUCUCCUCAAGCCACCUCAAGCCCACUCACGCCUGGCCUCAUCCUAACAUUAUCCAAGCCGUCGGUGGUAAACUGAGACUCGUUAACGACACCAAGGAGCCUCUACUUAUUCGUAGGAACGACCAUUUCUGUCAGGCACGCCUAACUGUUUCCGAUCAUUCCCAGGAACCCUCUAAGAUCAGAACCUCCUCCUCGCCUCCCAAGAUUACCGCUCCUGACGUCUUCCCUGUAGAGUCUGUCCGUGUGGAUCCCGACGGUCUGCUAUCUGCCUCUGAGAAAGCCUCGUUCAUUUCACUCCCAAGAGAAUUCCAAGUGGUCUUUGAUCCUCGCAUCCUUGGCUACAAUGGUGCCGCUGGCCCAAUCGAAGGCAUCGUGAACAUGGGUCCUGUCGAACCUCCCCAAUGCAAAGGGCGUGUCCCGCAGUACUCUAGAGUCCAGGUUGACCUUCUUCAGAACAAGAGGCGCAAGGAAUCUUCCGCCGCCCUGAGGACAUAAAGGUGGUCGUAGAGUACGUGAAUCUCCUCCCUGGAUAUAGUGCCAAGGUUCUAUCCAGGCUUCACCGCAUCGCAUAGCCGCUCUGGCGUCCUGUGAACCCCCCAAAACCGUUCGUGGACUCCGCGCUUUUGUUGGUUCCUACAAAAUGCUCGGCCGGGUCCUUAGUGGUUGCGCCCAAUUCCUUGCUUCGCUCGAGUCGCUUACUGCCGGUCAUCAAUCUCAGGAUACAAUCGUCGGGUCUGAUAACCUCUUAGCAUGUUUCUGCUCCUGUCAGGGGGCUCUGACUUCCAACAAAUCAAUCGCUCUCCCCAAACCUGAAGAUCAACUCUGGAUCGUGACUGAUGAGUCUGUCAAGAUGAGUGGCCUUGGUGCAACCCUUUACAUUCUCCGCGACCAGAAGCUCCACCUUGCCGGUUUCUUCAGCGCUAAGUUAAAAAAAACAUGAAGCUUCUGGGCUGCCAUGUGAAAUAGACGCCCAAUCCAUUGGUGGUGCUGUCAAGCACUUUGCCCCAAGUCUUAUGUUCUGACUGACACUAAGCCGUGCGUCCAGGUCUUUGAGAAACUUUGUCGUGGUCAAUUGUCCUCCAGCCCUCGCCUGACUUCAUUCCUGUCAACUGUUAACCGCUACCAGAUCUCGCUGCUCCAUCUAGCCGGCUCUGCUAACCUACCAUCUGACUUCGCUAGUCGCAGUGCUCCAGCCUGCGAUGACCCCCGCCGUCAAAUUUGCUCUUUCCUAUCCGAAGCAGAGGAUCUCGCUGUUCGCCCUAUUUCUGUUCAUGAUGUACUUUCCGGACUUGCCUCCUUACCACUCACAAGUUGUCCCGCCUGGCUCCAAACUCAGCUCGAAUGCCCAGAUCUUAGACGCGUCCACUUGCACCUUAAGCGGGGCACCCGCCCUUCAAAGAAAUUGACUAUCAUCAAAGACGUCAAACGUUACCUAAACGUCGUCACCAUCUCUCGAGACGGACCCCUCGUUGUAAGAUGCGACGAGCCUUUUGCUUCUCCUCACGAAUGUAUAGUCAUUCUCCGUGCCAUCAUAGAUGGCUUCCUUUCCGCCCUGCAUGUAAAGCUGAACCAUCUCUCCCGCCAUCGGAUAAAGCUGAUCAUUCAGCGUUAUUUCUUUGCUUUAGUCCUCGACAAAGCCUUGGAUAGGUGCUCACAGUCUUGCCACUUGUUCUCUUCCCUGAAAAACGUUCCAUCCAGUCUCGUGGAGCAAUCUACCUCUGAUCCUCCUGAGGGUGUGGGUAUCUCCGUCGCCGCAGAUGUCAUGAAGCGUUAUCGUCAGCUGAUACUUGUAGUCCGCGAGACUUCCACCUCAUACACUGCUGCGUGCCUACUGGAUGACGAGCGCCGAGAUUCUAUCCGUGCAGGUCUCCUUCGGCUCUGCCUCGAGCUGCGUCCACUGGCCUGCCCCCCGCCCCCGCCGUCAUUCGGGUAGAUCCCGCCCCUGGCUUCUCGUCACUGUCCAACGAUGCAACCCUUCUUCAGUACGGCUUGGCUGUAGAAGUUGGUCGCGUGAAAAACCCAAACAAGAACCCUGUUGCUGAAAAGUGCGUCGCUGAACUUGGUGAUGAGCUUCUCCGUAUUUGCCCAGAGGGAGGCCCUAUCUCCCUACUUUCCUUAGCUGUAGCUUCCGUCAACCUUAAUACCCGCAUACGUAACAGCGGGCUGUCUUCUCGGGAAAUGUGGUUUCAACGUGAUUAGUUCACCAACUCGCAGAUUCCUUUGUCUUACCUCCAACUGAUUAGACGGCAAUACUCCUCGCGCCUCAGUAACCACCUUGCCAGUGAAAGUUCUAAAGCUCCUGGCUGCAGUCCUCGCCUGCCCGCUACUUCACAGGUCGACAAUUUGGUUUACAUCACUUCUGAUGCCUCCAAGACCCGUGCCCAUGAUAGAUAUCUUGUGGUUUCUACCGAUGGUUCGUGUGCAACCUACGGAAGUUUACCGGUACCCAGGUACGUUCUACCUCCUACCGCAUUAAGCUUUCUGAGUGUUAUCUUGUUGCUGGCCAAAUAGAGCCCACGCCUAACCUGUCACGUCGUUACAGUCCUGAUGCUGAUGAGGAUAUCAACAAGGAACCUGCUGUUUCUUCCGUCCCUCAGAGCCUCCGUUAUGUGGUUCCACCCCAGAUCCCUGAGGCACUUAACGCUCCUCCGAGCCCUCCUGCCGAUGCCAGUCAAACGUCAAACUCCCCCCUGUUCCUAAUGGAAAUGUUCCUGUGUCCAGUAUGGAUAGUUCUAUCUGUUAGCAUCAAGACUCAGUUGCCCUCCCCAACUCCCCAUGUGCUGACGAAUUGAAAGUUCCUGCCACUGAUCCUCCAAUUUCGCCCAUGAGUCCUGGACCACGCCGGUCUCUUCGUCCGACUCGUCGCCCGGUUUAUCUCAAAAACUAUGUCACUUAGUUGAUGCCAUGAAAUUCCGAAAAUUCUUUUUACAUCCUGAAAGUCUCUGACUCGAUGUUUUCUUGCUACUGCCACGAACAGGGUAACGUAGUUUAGCUCUUCUUUAUUUUUGCUUGUUAUUUUCUUAUAGAAGUGAAGGAGACAGAUGCCACGCCAUAGCUCGCAUAGUUGUGCUGCCAUGCUAUUCGCUACACUCAUAAUCAACCCAUUACCUAGGUUACCUUUCACUCUGCGUCUUUUGUUGUUUUCUCUGUCUGUUUCAGUUGACUGUCUAGCGUUGUGUAAUAAAUGUGCUUGUUCGGAGUUCCGACUCAACUUACUGGCGCUGCUUUCGAUGCCCUUGAUCACAGUAUUCUCCUUGACACAUUAUCAUCAAAAACUUGGUUUGAAUGGCACCGCCCUGGACUGGUUCUGAUCUUAUUUGUCUGGCCAUUGCAAGCGAGUCUCUGUUCGGUGAGCUGUUUCUCAUAACUUUGACCUGCGGUAUAAUGGCCUCGUGGCUCGUGUCUUUGCCGUUCUCUCUUUACGGUUUAUGCAAGUGCACUGUUUGAUGGAGUAGUCCAGUACCUCAUAGGAACAUCUAAUUUAAGUGGUCGUCUAAAACAAUAUUGCCUUUUGUUUUGAGGGUUAGGGUUAUUGUUUGUGUGGUUUUCCUAUUGUUGUCACAGCCAAUUGUUUGAGCAGUGAGGUGAUGUUUGACACCUUUUGAUGUCGUUGAAAAGCACCUCCCAACUGUUCACUGUCAUGCCGCUGACUCUCAGUUAUACAUCUCGUUAGUCCCAAGGCGCACUCUGGCCAGGCUGAUGCAGCUGCUUCUAUCGAACGUUGCAUGAAAGACAUCAAGCAGAGGAUGUCUCAAGACAAGUUACUUAUGAAUGAUGCUAAAAUUGAACUUCUUUUGAUCGGCACCAGACAGUAACUCGCUAAAGUCACGAUUGAUAUCAUAAGUAUCGGACGCUCUGUCAUUGCUCCACAAUUUCCCAUUCGGAAUCUGGGUGUGCAGUUAGAUUCUAACCUAUCAAUGGGUGAUCGCGUAACGAAAACAACCUGUGGAGCAUUCCAUUAUUUGUACAAUAUCAAGAGGAUAAGGAAUGUACUGAAACUCCGAUGCAUGCCUUUAUUAUUCCAAUAUUAUGUCAUUUAACCAUAUAAGAUCAAGAGAACGCGCAAAAUACGAGGCCGUAAUACACUGUAGUGGCCUGGUUUAACCGGUUUACAACAGGGCGAACAGGGCGAAUACCAGUGGAUGCAAAAGGAGUAACUUAUGGCUAAACUGGACGAACCGGCGGAAGAAAAUAAAAUAGAAAAUAGUCGCUAAAAUAACAUUUUUGCAGUAGAAUAAUUAACCUCUCAUUGAAUGGUUUGGCAUAUAAUACGCGCGAACAUUUUGCUCAUUGUUAACGUCAUUCUCACAGACGGAAUCAGGAUGUUUCUGAAUACUAUAUGUUUUAUGUAUUCAGUUUACAUGCAAAGAGUUGUACUUGUUCCUAGAGCUGGGAUCUUCCUAGCUGACAGGUAGGAAGAUCCUAACACCAUGUAAACUGCCUUCGCUAGUAAGAUCCUAGUACUAGGGAAAAACAGACAAAAAUAGGGGCGGGUCGUUCAGUGGUUAAUCACGGCAAUAAAGGCCGACCAUUUCGUUUGGCGUUACCACGAGCUGAUUAUUGUGAUAAUUCUGCUGAAAGGUAGUGAUUUACGCCAGUAAAGAGGGCAGAAGGACCCAAAUUGCAUUUUUGAUUUUCUCGUCCGCCAAUUUUAAUUCCUUCUGUAACCUUCUCUACUUGGACAACUCACGGGCCGAAAUUUCUGCAUGUAAACCCAACGUAAAGUUAUUCCACCUUCUAGGAUCUUCCUGGUAAUAGGAUCUUCCUCCCUCCAUGUAAACAGCCCCUUACUGGCGUAUCAGAUUCAGAAACUGUAAAGAGUCCAGAACUCUGCUGCACGCCUCGUAUUCGAAGAAAGUAAAUUUUGUCAUAUUACACCAUUGCUAAGAGCCCUACACUGGUUACCCGUAGCAUAUCGCAUAGUUUUUAAAAUUUUAUUGUUAACUUUCAAGGCCAUUCAUCAACUCGCUCCGCCUUACAUUCCCGAACUUGUAUCUCUGAAAGACACUAUCUAAGAUCAAAUGACGGCAAACGUCUUAACAUUCCAUCAUGCAAGUCUCUUUCCACGCUGGGAGAUCGAUUUUUUUAUAUGGCUGCCCCAAAAUUAUGGAACGAUCUUCCCCUUUUUAUUAGAAAUAUACCUUCAGUUAAUGCUUUUAAAAAGGCUCGUUAAUCAAAACUCAUUUGUUUAAUUUAAUUUUUAUUCUUUUUAUUAGAAGGAUUUGUAUUUUAAGGAAUAAUUAGUCAUUGUUUUUAGAAUUUUAGAGUUAUUAUUUUUAAUAAUUUAUUAAGUACGAUUUGUAAAUAUGAAUAGGACUUAAAGGGAUAAUAGAGUUUUUAGAAUUAGAACAAAAUGUACUAGGAAUGUAGCCUUUUUAAAGAGGAUUUCUAGGUAGGAUUUUAAGGAGUCAAUGUAAUGCGCAGAUGAUAAUUUCUUUUUCUGGGUUGAUAUUUUCACAAUACAAAGCAAUAAAUAUUAUUAUUAUUAUUAUUAUUAUUAUUAUUAUUAUUAUUAUUAUUAUUAUUAUUAUUAUUAUUAACGCUGCAUUCGGUUUUUGAAAUGCUUGACCCCGAAGUGUUCUUUAUGUCGGCACUCCAAUAAAUUAUAGGAUGUGAUAGCGAUGAAACAAAGAGUACUAUUAGACAAGAUUUCCUUUUUGGGCAGGUAACCCUCUUCAUAGCUGCAAAACAUGUUGCCACAUUUUUAUUUAUAAAUAUAUAUAUUUUUGGCAUGGUCGUCUGAGAGUGAUGGAUAAUGGCGAUUCCAUACCGUUUUCCUUCCAAUCUCGCGAUCAAAUCUUCUGGUCCGCUCCACGACUUACUUUUCCUUUUCAAUCAAAAGACUUACUUUAAACACGCAUGUCAAGAAUACAAUGUUAAUAGUAAAUUUUUUACACCAUUCUACUGCACGACAUUGAAACUUGAGCUGCACAUGAGUAUCAAGACAAAGCCGGAGAUAUUGAAUAUACCGGUAUUACCACGUACACGAAUUUUCAUUCUGUAUGUUGUUUUUCUUUGAUACAUAUCUGUAUUUUGCUCAAGACAACUUUAGCGUUUCCGAUGACACGAAGCUAAGUUACCGCCAAGUGCCUGUUUUAUGUUUUUCCAAGAUUUACGUACUACUAUUACUACGCGUUAUGCUCAUUUUUUUACUUCACUAGAGCUACUGACAAACACAACAAAACUUAAAAAAGGGCCAUAGUUUAGAUGGCUGCUCAGUUCACUAGCUUCUUAAAACAUGGUUGACCUCCAUCUCCUGCAAUACAUUCUGGGAAAAAAAUAGAUACAGCGUAAGUGUUGCUACAGAGCAUAAUUCUUAAAUUUCAACCUCAACAGGAAUUGGAAAAUAUAUUUCUUUCCACCUCUUUGGAGACGAAGAGAAAUUCUUUGAUCAUCUCCUGAGCACAAAAUAACGCUGUUCAGCUGUUCAAAUUCUUUAAACUGUUACUUACCUCAACUUGUGGACCGUAAACAGUAUUAUGCUUUUAUGACAGUUAUAUUUUUAAUUCGUUCUUAUUAGAAUCUGUAGAAUUAACUUGGCAGCCUUCCAUCUGUGCGGAAAAAUAUCUGAAGUAUGAAUAAACUCUUGUUCCUUUAACAGUGUCUGAUGCUGACCAGAACUUGCUGCUUCUCACAUAUCAACCAGAAGGUGACUUAAAAAUUGAUCACGAAUAAGGAUAAAGAUUAAGAGAGCUAUGUCAUUAAUUUCGUUUCUUUUCCUCUUUUGUUUUGCGGGGGGGGGUGUAUUUUAAAAGCUAUAAAACACAUUAGGAUCAAAGAAAACCCUGAUAUAUUGUUUCAGUUGAUUUAAGAUUACUCUACUGCUAUAGAUAAACCACACGUUUGUGUCUUUGGCUUCCUAUGGCAGGGAUGGAAAAGGAUAACACCUUCAAAUUUUUCAAUUUCAAAUUUUCAAUUUGAAAAAUGACCAAAAAUAUUCCGAAUCAUUUGUUAUCUUUGUUUUAGAGUUCAAAGUAUGAAACAACUAAAGAAACUGAGAACUGGAGCUCAUCAUGACACGUGUUUGUGGUUUUUUAUUUUGGGACAUCCUAUAUUUGAAAUGAUUAUUCUUGUUUAUAUCUUAAGGAAUAGUUAGUUUUGUAGCUUGACCUUGAAACUUGAUCAGUAUUUUGGUUUAUAACUGGCAACAUUGAAUAAUGUUAUUAUAGCCUUGGAAAGUUUUGGUGGUCAGCGGCUACUUCAGCGUGCAGACAUCAAUGUGGGAGCCAACAUAACAUCAUUCUUUAGAAUUCGGGCAAAGGCAACUGGGAAAGUGGGAGGAAAGGACUUGCGCCAACUAACUUGUUUUGGUGAGUUUUUUGACUUCUUUUCAUUCAGCCAUAUCCAUUCCUCUCAGUGAAUUAGUGCCUCAUGGAAGCAAUAUAUAAAUAUAUACACCUGACCACCCGUCCCACUGUGAAUUUGUAUAGCAGUCACCUAUUACUCUUACAUGGCUUUUCUUAUUAUGAAGCAAUUGUAUCAUCCUUCAAGGGUGAGACCCAACUAUCUUACAUCAAAAUACCUUACAGUUGCUGAAAACGGGUAGCAAGGUUGUCGUUCCUGUCAUUUGAAAUAAUUCCUCUGGAAAAUCCUUCGAAAUUGGAUCUAAUUACCGCGGGGUUAUAUUUUCCCAGCUCUUAGUUUUAGUUUGACAAGCUUACAAGGUGCCAUCCCUACCCAUCCCACAACCCGUAAAGGUUGACCACACCACCCGCCGGGGUCUACCAUCGACCCCUACUCUUUUCGAACAGUGGCGUGGGUUCUUUUACGUCCCAAAAGAACAGAUCAGUGAAAGUGCUGUGACAUGGGACCUACGGUUUUUUGUCCUCAUCCGAGAAGAGUAGAAAGUCUAACCAUUUGUAGAUGUCUUUAUAAAGGCAGCAAUUUCUUCUUAGCUAUUUCAAGACCCUGAGUGUUGGUCCGGCUGGGGUUAGAACCCGCGACUUCCCGCUCAGCAGACCGGCGCUCUCCCAAAUGAGCUAACCAGGCGGGGGUUUGCUACUCUCAAGAGGGCUGCCGUGAAAAAAAAAAAAAAUGGUUUGCACAUCUUUUGAUAUGUACUGUACAGAUAACGUCCACCACAGACCCAAAGGAGAGAACUGUGUCAAUAUGAACAUUUUGCUUUAUUAUUAUAUACCUGGAUUUUUGAAAACUGGGUUAACAAAAAAAUUAACUCAUUCUCUACUACUUGGCCGCAUUUAAAAUAAUAAAAAAUAAUUCAAAGGCUGAUUAAAAGCCUUUAUCUGACGUAGGGCAGUAAGUUACUGGUCCCUAGAAGCAUUUUUACGGGUCCAAAUUUAAAAUGAUGCAAAUUUUAGAACAUUUAUUCAGUAAUCUGACUCCGUGAAGUUUCAAACCGGUGUCAUUUCAGUCUAGUGAACUGCCGCCAAAAAGUUUCUGGUUAAGGCUUACUUAACAUCUUAAAUAGUUAGCAAAACACUACUUUUUUUCGCGGUCCGAUAAACGACAGGAUUUCGCAUGGAGUAGACAACGAACUAAUUGAAACAGUACACAAAUAUCACUUUCCUAUAUGGAAAAACCGCCCUAAAUGGUUCAAACCCAAAAGUCCGCUGAAACUAGACCUAGAUGCAAUUUUCCUGAGUCGAGAAUUGGUUUUUCAAGGCACAAUCAGCUAAGCUGAACACCGACGAAACGUUUUUAUGGCUGGCACAGAAUAUUUUGGUGCAACAGCUCAACCAGUCCACAUACUUGUCUGAGUUCUGCUUGUCAACACCAUGCGGAAAUCACAAAAUCACACACUAUCGCGGCACUGAUACGACUAUCCACAACCACGCAUAAUAUUCUGACGUUUAACACAAGCGAAAUAUCAUUAAAUUACUCGGAAAAACUCAGCCUAUUGCCAGAUAAACACACCUUGACUUUUCUUUUACAGUCGUCUUAUUCAAGUUCGCGGAUGUAGAGUCACACGGUCUGCAGACCAGCAUACUCCCUGUUUUCACACCAGAAAAAAUUAAGUCUUGGCCCGUGUCAAAGUUCGCCUGCAAUUUUGCUCUCACCUGAUUCAUUUGACUCCUAAAAGCCUGUUCCCGAGGCCAAAGACUUAGUGGUCACCUUAGAAAAACGAACAAUAUCGUACCUUAACUUUCUGUCUCAGCCCGGAUCAGGGUGAUUGAUCCGUUUAGCCAAAUGAAACGAGAAUACAAUACGAUAUUGGACGAUGCAGACUCUGCGAAUCGUAUUUAACUUUGUGCUAUCUCAGAGUUUUACAUGAUGCUCUCCGGGAAACUUUUCUCAACGUGACCAAUAACGAAAUGUAAACUGCUAAACGACAUUGAAACCAGCUUUAGACGCGCACUAUAAAUUUCGACCAGCAGUCACUUGUGUUAAACAGAAUUGUGGGUAGGGACCACAGGCAGCCCAAGCGCACAUGUUUGAGUUCGGGUGUAGACGGUGUAGUAGUAGCCUUUAAGAUAACGAAGAUCGAGAUUUGUUGCAUUAUUACAUGUGAUUCGGGCACUUAUUGUUCGAAUUUUAUCACAUGUAUUCGAAUCUACAACGCUAAGAAAAAAAUUAUUAUAAAAUUAUUAUAGUGUUCAGUACUCGAUGGAAAGAAAGUCGACUAAACGGCGCUUAAACCGGCCGUAGGACACAGAGUGGCCGUGAACUAAAGGUAAGGGAGCUUUUUGAAUCAAUAUUUCUUAGCGUUGUAGAUUCCAAUACAUGUGAUAAAAUUCGAACAAUAAGGGCCCGCCCGAAUCACAUGUAAUAAUGGAAGAAAUCUUGACCUUCGUUAUCUUAAAGGCUACUAGUACAGAUAGACAAACAAGAAGACUUCAUAUCUUUAAGAUUUUUGCAUUUUUUUGGCAUCAGAUAAUACACUAAUAAUUCUAGUAUAUUCCAACCAAAUGACCUCUGAAGCCCGAACCCAAACAUAGUGCGCUUGGGCUGCCUGUGUAGGGACGAAAAAAAAAACAAAGAGGGAGGGAGGAAGCAAGUAGAUUUCGAAAGCGCUAUCUUCCUUGCAAUCGCCUUGCUAAGAAAAAAGUCUUACUAUCACCAAUAUUUGUUAAAACUUUGUUCCAAACACGCAAGUCGAAUCGAGCGCUAACGAAGUGGAACAAGUCCAGGGACAAAUGAUAGCCAGUUUUAUUGGACAUGUGUUUCAACUGACUUAUGCGGCAAUGUUUCACAAACUCAUUCAACAAUAAAACCUAAUCCGCAUCAGCAGCUCCUCUAAAAGACCCUCAAAAACGCCUUUUUAGCGCUGUUUUUUUUUCCUGCGUGGGAACGCUCCAAGUUGUCCCUUGAACAACUCCUUACUUUUUUAACAGGUGAGUUAGAGCGUCUUCACAUGAGGUCACGACGACCAUAUUGGUGUCCCAAAACGAUGAAACGGCGGCCAUGUUGGUGUCCCAAACCAGUCCUCUGGGAGUUGAACUCUUUUCUUAUCCAAAGGCUUUCUUUUGUUACAAUAAAUUUGCAUAUAUUCUGGCCACGUGAGUGAAAACACUCUAUACUGCUUUACGCGCCGUUCGUCAGUUCAGUUAUGCGAGUUUACAAGCCGACAUUUGCAUACAAAUUGGCUCAGCUCUGCAGUACAAACCUCAAGGGAAAACGUUGACGUCUAAUCAUUAAAACACAAAACAAUAAAACACGCGACUAAUAAAUACUCACAAUAAAACUAGACGCGUUUCUUAAGACACAAGAAAUCAACUUUAUGACCCUUUAAUAAGAGUGUAGCUAAAUGUUGUGGGUCGUGGAAGUUGGUGUGGGUAAAUGUCGUGGGUAAAAAAGAGUAUGGGAAAAAUGUGAUAAAGUAAAGUAAUUGAAAAAAAGAAAUAAAUAGAAAAAAGUUGUGAAAUAUUUGUGAAACGAAUAUCUCCAACUUUUUGAUUGCCUUUUUCGUCACGGCUUCUACGUCCUCUUCCCUUGGGACUUGGCUCCCCUUUCACAACAUCACUGUAUAAAAUACAUUUUGCCGCUGAAGAUUUAUCCAUGCCUGAGCUAUCGCCGCGAAAUAAACGAAACAGACGUAAAUUAUACCUGCAAUUUGCAGAAAGUAUGGGACAGCUCUGACUCGCUGAAUGGAAAUAGCUGCUCACUAUUUAUCUUUAUUCGAUCUACAAUUCCAGUGAUCAGAGGAGAUUUUUUAACAUGAUAGAAUGCGAUCACCGUGAGAAAGGGAAGGGAAAAGGACAAUUUUUAGGUAUUUCAUAUUUUUAGAUAGAAGUGUUAGGUCUCUUACCUUACGAAGGAACCACCUUCAUUCCCAACCUUUCAAGUUAAGGCGAGACUGUAUGUAAAUUUUAUUGUCGUACGGAAAUACAAUUUUCUCGAUUACUUUUUGUUUUGUUUUGUGUACAAACUCUUUGCUGUAACGAUUCGAAAUAUCACUCCUUAAACUGUUUCAGUCACGAAUGUUGACAUCUUUGAGAAAAAGCAGUUCAGUCUCCAGUUUUUGUAUAGCCUGCUUCAGGUUUACAUAGUGCACAGGGUUUCUUUUAUUUUUCACGUACAUGUCUUUUUAGUGUCCGUUUGUACGAGAGGAUUCGGUUAUUUGCUUUGCUGACCUCGGGGAAGGGGAAUAGGACUGGUAUGUACGCGGUCAUUUUCGUUUCAUGAAUUGUGCAACUUUUUGCUAUUUAAUUUUUUAAUUUUUAUUUCUUUUUGGAAGACUUGUUUUUUACCCACGACAAUUACCCACACCCACGAACAACGACAUUUAGCUACACUCCUUUUAUUUUGAAAACAAUGGAUUCUACAUGAGCCAAUCAGAGUAAAAAGAGACUGGGCGAGUCUGGGCAAGCGUAUCGUUCCUAUUGUAGUAGAGACACGCUCAUUAGAUAUGGAGGAACGCACUUAUUAUUUGUGGACGAAUCCACUCUUGCGAGUGAAUUCUGCAUAUGUAAUGAAGGGAAUCCAUUUUUGCGAGGGAACCCUGCAUAUGUAAUGAAGGGAAUCCACCAAAACCGCGUAAAAUGACCCUCUAUCACUACUAUUCUUGUUUAUUCAUUGACAAAACUUGACAGAUGUUUCAUGAAUUCGUCUUGUCGACUGGAGAGAGAGGACAAAUGUCCAAAACCUCCUCGGUAGAUUAUGGUAGAACAAGAAUCGCCGAAAGGCGAUUUUUAACUGGGCUGCAAAGGGGCUAUUUUUUCUGAGGGGAGGGGGCGGCUAUACACACUCAGGCUACCAUAAAACCUUGUCGGCAACCAUUGCAUGCAACAGAAUCUCAUGUGAGACUGAAACAUAAAAUCAUUCAGAACAUUGUACCCUUUUAAAAGACUUUCGUAACCCCAAAAAAAGAGUACCAUUUUUAAGUGGGGCCUGUAUAAUAACUUUUAAAUUCCACCAUUAUGAAUAAAAAUAAACAAGCUAGCCAUUAAUUCUAAACAGGAAACAAUUUGCAUUAUUUCCACGCACCCCUUCCCCAAUCCCUCUGUGCCCCAAAAUAUAGCGUGACAGUAUAACUUGACUAAUUUGACAUAACCGGAAAUUCCAAAAAUUGUUGUCCUUCUACGAGCAUAAAAUGCGACAGACUGAGCUGAUUUACACUAGACAGAAAUAUUGUAUUGUAUGAAAACCUGAAGUAUACUAAAGCAGACAGUUAACUGCCCAUUGAUCCCGCCUGAUCCAGGGGCCUCACUGACUGCACGGAGACUUUACUGUGCUUUUCACAAACAUGCGAACUCUAAAUAGGCUUUUGUACAUUAUGCUUUUGCUUCCCUACUAAAAUGCUCCACCUUAAUGCUCCAUUUUUCCCACUAAAAUGCUCGGUCUCCGCAAAAAAGUCACUAAAAUGCUCGGAUAAUGCUCAUAAUACAAACGGUUUUUUAAAUUAAUUUCAAAGUUUUAUUCACUUACAAAAACAUGCAAGUGUUGCAAGUAACAACGACAACGUGUACAAGUUCAUAAAUACGGCCAAAAAACCCAGCUGUAUUAGGUUUUUUGUGAAUUUUGAAUUUUAGUCUUCAUUUGUUUAAAAAAGCAGGAGCUCAUGGGGCAUGGGCUCCUGAAAAAAGUUAAUUUCUAUUUUAUUUUCUUGGUAAAAUCAAUUUUCCGGGGAAAAUGCCACUAAAAUGCUCGAAUAAUGCUCAAUGCUUUUGCCUCACUAAAAUGCUCGAAAAAAUGCUAGCAUAAUGUACAAAAGCCUAACUCUAAAGUUCAAAAGCCACCUUCACAAUCGUGUUUAUCGCUGCCGUCAAUCAUAAUUACUAUCACAAGCAACGAACCUUGAAACAGAGAAAUACACAAAACGGAUCGAAAUCCACAAAUCACAAACCAUGACCUUUUGAACCCGUGAAGUAAAGUUUUGUUUCCUAAGACUCUAAGAGGUCCGUUAAGAUGAUUGACAGCAGCGAAAAACGCAAUCGUCGGUUCUCAACUUCAGAAUUCGCAUGUUUGUGGAAAGUGCGAUCCUAAUUUGCGGUCCACAGUCUACAUGAAAACGCAUUAUUUUUUCCACAAGCUGAAAAAUAUUCAGUUUUAAGAUUUUCCUCAUGGUAUGUUUCUCUAACUUAAAGGAAUAAAAUCCUUUGCAUUUUGAGACCUAAAAAAGUUUAAAGAUUUCUCGCUCGCAUGUUGCGUUCACCAGUACGCACUUGAAACGAUGUAAAUAGAUGAAACGAUCGAUAACAUAUUUUUUACCUGAUACCGAUGUGAGUUAAAAAUUCGUUCCAGUUCUGUUUGUCUCACCCAAGACUAACUUUUCUUCAUGGAAGAUAAUUAUGCCGCGUUAUAACUCGUCCGAAGUUUUUGUGCCAGCUAAACGGCCGUCGAUAAAAUCCGGAACAUGGAACAUUCCGGAACAUCCCGGAACAUGCAAAAAUAAAAAUAAUUUUCAUGAAAAAAAAAUAAUAAAAUAAUAAUAAUAAUAAAACAAUUUUUAUAAAAAUUAAUAAUAACGUAAAAUAACAAAAAACCGAAAGACAAAGAAAUAAAGAAAAAGAAACUCGUAUCAUCUCCGGGUAUGAGAAAACAAUAUUUUGUCGCCAAUAAUUUGUGGGGCGAGGGUCCAUGGAAAUGUUUGCCAUGCGGUUUAACGGUUAUUCAUUUACGGAUUUGCGACCGUAAGAAGAGCUUAGGGGCUCGUCGCUCUGGACUUGAAUAAUUAAAUUAAAGAUUCACAUUCGCCGCUAAUAGUUGCAGUGGCAGUGGUAGCGCAGCGGUAGUUUCUACCUGUUACCAGUUAGCCUGAAUUUUAGCCGUCUCCCCGCAAACUCCUCUUGCGACUCGAGGAGACGUCUGAAAUAUCAUGCUGACUGUAAACAGUAUAGAAACUACUACGAAUGUGAGUAUUGUCCACUAAAAUCCAAAGACAGGAGCCCCUAUACUCUUCUUAAGUUCCCAGAGCCGCCUAGUCUCACUGUAGUCUGUAAGUAAUUCAUGUCAACCUCAAGUGAAGCAAAGCACCUCAAGUAAACAAAUGUCGGUUAUAUGUAAGGAGACUAUAUAUGUUGGCUUGAAAUGAGCUACUUACCGACUGGGCUUGACAUGAAAUACUGCACCGACAUUUUAGACCAUCGCAGAGCCGUAAAUGGAUAACCGCCAGAUGAUUAACUCAUGGCAAACAAUUACAAGAGGUAGCUCUGUGACGAAAGCUUAAAAAAACCACUCCUCGCGACCCAUUUUUAUAUAUUUUGAAUUUAGAAGCAAGCCUUCACUCAUUACUGUCAUUUGCAUGAACCCUCACUCGCCCAACAAAGUUUAAUCGGUUGCGACAAAAUAUUGUUUUCUCAUACUCAGAGAGGAUACCAGUUUCUUUUUCUUAAUUAUUUCAUUAUUUUUCGUUUUUUUUUUUGUUAUUUCACGUUAUUAUUAAUUUUUACAAAAAUUAUUUAUUAUUAUUAUUUUAUUAUAUUUUUUUUCAUGAAAAUUAUUUUUAUUUUUGCAUGUUCCGGGAUGUUCCGGAAUGUUCCGGCAUGUUCCGGAAUGUUCCAUGUUCCGGAUUUUAUCGACGGCCCAGCUAAACAGUAUUGAAACACUAUUCACAAUGACUCCUUGGAUAUUAAAAAGACUGAACGUGACGCACUAUAAUGCCUUUGUUUACUUCUGAUCACAUCUUCAAGCGAAGUCUCUCUUUUCAAGCGAUUCAUCUCAAUGCACAAUAAUUGACCCUUAUAUUAGUUAAAAUCCUAUGGUUCAUUUAUAUUAAUGCUGUUUUUGCCCCUCACAUUGCCUUUGUUCGUUCGUAUUCAAAACACCUUUACGAAAAUAAAUGUCGUAUAAGUCAUGUGUGUUAUGUUUCGAGAUAAAUGGAUUAUACGCUUUUUUAAGUUUCCAUUUUGCGGUGACUUCAGUUUACAUCUCCAUAAAAUGGUAAAAGAAUUAUCAAGAAACAUCACGAGAGCUGAAAAUUUUCAAAGGCAUGUUUCUGAAACUCGCUAAUGCUGACAUCAAUAUAGCGUGCUUGCUGAAUGGGCGAAAACACAGAAUUGUGAUCACAAGAUCUUGUACAAAUUUAAUGAUAAAAGCUUAGCAAGAUACAGAUACAAACAAAGCAAACCCCCUGAAACCUCGACGUGGGCUACAUUUGUAUGCUCUACUCAGUCACCAAACCUUGUCAGUAAUAGCUCCUAUUUUCCUCCAGUCGCUCUCUGUGAAGCUCCCGGAUAGGAUGUCCCGGAGAAGCUUUAAACUUGUGUGCGAAAUUCUCAGAGUUCCUAUUUUUGUCCGUGUCUUCUUUAUCCUCAGUAUCCGAAAUUUAGACCUCCAAAGUGGCGUAUGUUGCAUUGAAUAGAAGGAAAUAUUUAAAGGAAAAGCCAGUCUUCUAACAUGGCAAAGUUGUCACGUCCCUCGCUCAUGGACGUGCGUAACUGAGUUGUUCGCUUCACUGACUAUGACGGCUUACAAUCAAGUCUUCAGCCAUAGUGUCGUCAACUGGUGAAAUACUUUGCUCAUAAAUUGUACCUCUUAAUUGCUCAUGUACUACAUCGAUCGAUAGUUCACGAAGCAGCCACGGCGUUCCAAACCUGACGCUCACAGUCAUCUUUUCAGUCUUUUAGUGUGAACCCUGUGUGAACCUACCGUGAACGGCGUGUCGGUUUGAAUGCAACGCGAGCAUUUCUCUGAGUUUCCCAGCGCCAACAUCAUCUAACUGACUUAAACUCGAGCAAUAAAAAAAUUAUAGAGUGACUCCCAUGGGCGAAUCGCUUCGAACAACGCAAAUAGCCUUCUUCAGGUUCGCAACGCCUUGUGGGUUUUUCAGGAGGAGCGCAGACAAGGUACAAAAAGUAUCCGUGCAAGGCUCCGUGCAAGAGAAACUCAUAUGAAACCAUUUGUGACAACAUCGUUUCUCGGUACCAGACCCUCGUGUCUUCCCUCCCCGGGGAGACCACUUUUUGACACCGACGACCGAAAGCCCAUUUUAUGACUGGGCCGCACAGGCAACCCAGUAAUUAUAAAUGUAAAUACAUGCAAUAAUACCAAAAGGGUAGAAACGCUGCCGUAGGCAAGGAACAGUGAAGAAAUGGAAAAUUAGGUGUGAAUGAAUUAAUUAGUAGAAGGUGAUAUGAGACUAAGACCCUGUUUACAUGGAGUGGGGGACCCCGGUCUAGUGGGGUAGGUUUCUUUUGUUUUGUGUCCCCCAGAGCGUGAAAACAAAAGAAACCAACCCCACUAGACCGGGGUCCCCCACUCCAUGUAAACAGGCUCUAAGAGAGCUAUCCAAAAUCUUUGUGAUGACCUAAAUUUGGAAAUUGUCUUCCUUUUGGGUACGUUUUAACUUAAUUAUGAGCCAAUUUUAGUAUUUUUCUAACGUGCUCGCGUCGUGUCAGAAGUGAACGGAUAAUUCUCUAUUUGGGAUAUGUAUAAGUUCAAUCUCUUCUCGCUUUCAACUGAAUAAAUGAAAUUUAUUUUGAAAUUUUGAUUUAGCGAUACGAGCAAAUUUUCUGAUUAUGGUGUUUUGCAAAUUGUCUUUUAAGACUGUGUUUAUUUCGUCUGUCAAGUUUGAGGAAAUUUGUUCGACUGUGAUCUGUGCUACAAGAGAGGUUUGAGAAACGACAGUGAAAACACAACAUUAACUUGGCCUGGUAACCAUGUCACGAAUCAAACGCCAAUUUAAACAAUUUUGGAGGGCAGUGAUGUUCAAUUAUUGAUAAAUGUGAUCCAUAAAUUUCGGGCUCGUAGCUCCUAUGCUGGUUGUGUUAUUCCCUCUUAGGCACAGAAGGAAAUUUGCUUGGAAAAUAAUAAAGGCUGUGGCUAUGUGGCCGGUUACCGGUCAAGAUUUUCAGAACACUAAAUGACCGGCAAGUCCAAUAUUUUUUUUAAAUAAUUUUGACAAAUCGAAGAAUCCCAGCAAGACCAAACUAUCAAAUGUCGAUUUAGAGGAGAUUGAGAAACUUAGUUUCUGGUCAACAAAUGUUGUCAAAGUGUAAGUCUCUUCAAUUUCAAAAGAAAAAAAAUUCACUCGAAUAUGAGUGGAUUCUAUCCCGGAGCGUAGGUUCUGCACACUAUUACACUCUAACCACUGGCCCACCAUGGUUUCGCUGCAAGAUGGUGAUUUUAUUCAAAUAUUAUGGCGAAAACCCCAACCCAAAAUAGAAGCUAACCGUCAACCCUGAUCACCUCUUCUCAGGGCUUAACCCUAAUAAGUAUGGUUAGUAUUUUCAGUAUCGCCAGAACCCCAAUCACUAUAGUCAAAAUAUCGGACUGCCGGUCAUUUAGUGUUUUGUAAAUCUUGACCGGUUACCGGCCACAUAGCCACAGCGAAUAAUAAAACUGAUUUAUUUAUAAAAUAUUGCAUUUUGUGAAAAUAUGCGUGAAAGAUAUAAAACUGCUGCUUGCUCUAGUGAGGCUAUUUCUUUGUCCAUAUGCUACGCUACUUUGCUGGUCUUGAGCGUGUUCUGUUUUCCGAAAACCAACCCAAAUAUAAAUUGAUGGGAUAAGAGCGACGUCACGGGGUACAGUACAAGAAAUUCCGGUCGAGUUUGUUUAUUAUCUCAAAACAAAAACGACGAUUUAGUAGUCAUGCAAAAUGUAGGGUUCGAGUUUCGACAAGUUUUACUUGUGUGAGAACAUUUGCGGCUGCUACUCAUCCAGAAAAGUAACAAUGAUCAUUUCCACCCGUAAUUUUCCGUUAUCGUCGUUAAAAUAAAAAGUUGCUCAUUUCCUGUUGUCUGGAAUAUACAAACUCGACCGCGUUUUCUGUUCUUGGCAGAUUUUAUCACUUGUUUCCCCCCCACCCCUUAGAAACCACGUGAUGUCAUAUUUAUCCCAUCAGUCCUUAGGCGCGUGUAAAGAUGGCGGGUAUCGUAAAUAAGGUCUACUGAUCUUCUUCCACAAGCAGGGGAGGGGGCCUAGAUAAAUUGUCUUUGCAUCAAUUGCAUAAUUACAGUCAAACCAGGUCAAGCGUUCCCGUCGCUAACGAACUAAUGAAUUCAUUCACGGAAAAAUGAUUUCGUUUGUUGAUUCAAUAAUCCAUUCAUAAAAUGAACAAUCCAAUAGUCAUAUUUACCCUCGAUUCCAUAAUCGAAUGUUGAUUCGAUUACUGUUUUUUGAAAAUUACACUUUCCACAAGUUGACCUCAGAAUUUUGUGUUUUCCUCUUUUUUUUUUCUGAGAGUCGAGAGCUGGCGAGUUCCGAAGUUCAAACCCAAACAAACUGUUACAUGUACGCCAGUUUGGUCCGUGUGGUUUUCGUCCAUUUGAUUUUGAUUCCAAAUUGAAAAUUGAAAAUCAAAAAUUCACGAUCGUGAUUUUCAAUAUUUGAUUCCUCAAGAAUUGAAAAUCACAAAUUUAAAAUCUCAAUUGUCAAUUUUUGUUUCUAAGAAACAUAAAACUGAAAAACAAUUUUCAAUGUUUUGAAAAUCAAAAAUUGAAAAUUGAAAAUGGUUAGUUGUUGGUGGAUUAUAAUUCUUGUUUUUAAGGAAAAGGAAAACUAAACGAUAAUCUUCAAUUUUGAGAUUUUUGCUUGGUACCGAAGUUAGAAUUGUAUUUUCAAUUUCCUAUUCCAUAGAUUCCAGCUUAUUAAAAAUUCAAACUUGACAAAGCUAUUCAUGUGUAACGAAACUGCGGGAAACAGUAUCAAUGAUGAUGAAAUCCGAAAUGUAAAUCGUUUUUUGAUUUUCGUAGUCGAGAAAAACAAAAAUUGAAAACAGACCAUAUAUAACUGUGACGGGUGGGGGAGGGUAAAACCGGAAGUGGCACGACUGCAAACAAGAUGGCGGUCGUCUUGUAGUGAAGGAGUGUUCUUUGUUUUCGUCGAGCCGUCUCUGGGGGAAAUGUAACGCCAACAGCAAUCUAAAGCUUGCUGAGACGUUUUCAAAGAAAUGAUCUGCAUGUUCUUUCAUUGAUAAGUAUGCUUUUGUUGUAACCUUGCAGCAUCAUACGUACGCAACGCAGCCGGGUAGAGCGUUCCAGAUCGGAUGCGAACUGUAAACCGAGGCCGUACUGCGGACUGCGGACUACGGACCACGGACUGCGGACUGGGUAUAUAUAAAAUACGGACCAGGUAUAAAAUGCGAACUACGUGCUAUGUUUUUAGUCUGAUAGUAUUGUCACUCGACCCUAACCAUGUAUAACUCCUUUCACGUUGUUGUUAAAUUGAAGGAAUUUUCGCUCUAACAAGAAAAUCUUUUAAGAUAAGAACCAAUGGGGGCGUGGGGAUAUAUUUGCGCGAGUGUGUUUUUGCUCGUAAUAAGGUGCAAGUGUUUCAUUAGAAUCUUUUUGAGAUUUUGGGUUUAUUUGAUAAAGCCGCUUUGCGCGAUUCGAAGCGCAGUUCGGCUAGGAUUGUUUCCACAAGGUCGUGAGGGUAGCCUCGUUCUGUAAGGCGAGUUAAAACUCUUUUUCUUCUUUAACUCCAGUUAUCGGGAAUUAUUCCUUAACCGAGUUCGUUUUGAGUAAGUGCAAGGCUAUUCCGUAUACGAAGCCCUUUUUAACGAUGACAGGGUAAAAUAAGGAGAAAUUCGCAUCUUAAAACGUUUCUGUCGGCUUAAAUAAUGUGUUUGAAUCGAAUGAAUCUUGAUCCUUUAAAAACUUCAGUGGUCAAGGAAAACAAUUUGUUUUGAUGACAGUUCGUCAGUGUAAAUUUUAUUGUUGUGUGGAAAGAGUUCGCGAAAUCAAUAAAGUUGUUGAUUUCGGACUCAGAAAGAGUCCACACUGAGAAUGUGUCAUCAAUAAAUUUCUUCCAGCCGGAGAAAUGGCUGUAAGGGCUCGCAUGUAGUAGUUGUUUCUCAACGUGAGCCAUGAAAAUGACCGAGAAAGCAACCGCGAUUUUGGUGGCCAUUGUAAUGCCGUGAGUCUGUACGUAGUGUUUGUCGGUGAAUUUGACUUAGUUUUCUGUUAAGAUCACCCGCAUUAAGUCUCCCAAAUAUGAAGUAAGGAUAGGUAACUUUGACUGAUAAUGUUCUUCGUAAUGGUGACAGACGAUGUCGAUUCCCUCUUCCUGGAAAAUGCUAGGGCAGAGACAACACACGUUUAGCGUAGCUUAAAUUGCUUCAUCUGGAAGAGGCGUGUUUUCAAUGAUAUCACUUUUGUGUGCAGUGUCUUCGACGUAAGAAUCUUUUGUUUUUUGCGCGAUUGGCCUGGUUAAAUCGAGUCCACAAAACUAGAAAUGUGUUCUUUGGGACCACCGCUACCAGAGACGAUUGGUCUGCCGGCAGGAAUAGUUUUAUGUGUUUGGUCAGCGUGUAAAACACUGGUAUUCUUGGUGAUUUUGGCCAAAACUGAGCCACUUGUAAGUCAUUUGAGCAAUAUGCUCGUUUGUGAACAGAGCGUUUAUAGUUGAUAUCUCUUUUGUGGCUGUUUCGGAUACAAUCGGUUAAUGUUCAUCUUAGAUUUCCAAAACCGGUCCUGCUAUUAAAGUUUAUUUAAACAGUUCUUAUCAAGACUCUGCGGCUACCAUUGAUUGCUAAAGCCUAAAUCCCUUCACUUUAACAACAACAAAGGAGUUAUACACUGUUAGGGUCGAGUGACAAAAGUUCGUUUACGCAACAGGACGACAGAAAGAAGAGGACGGCAAAAGGAUUGUGUGUGACAAACUUGACAGGGCUAUAAAUUGCGUGUUUUUCGUGACCUUCACUUCACAUUACUGUUUUUUGGUCUUUCACUCUGUUUAAAGGAAGGUGAUGUUUGUCGGAAAGUUUUUUCAAACAAAAUUAUUGUCACUCUUAUCACACAAGGUUUGACGUCUUCUUUCCUCUCCCGUCCUGUUGCGUAAGUUGACUAAUUACCAUUACACUAAGACAUAAUACGUGGUUCGCAUUUUAUACCUGGUCCGUGUUUUACAUAUACCCAGUCCGCUGUCCGCAGUCCGCAGUCCGCAGUCCGCAGUCCGCAGUCCGCAGUCCGCAGUCCGCAGUCCGCAGUCCGCAGUCCGCAGUCCGCAGUCCGCAGUCCGCAGUCCGCAGUCCGCAGUCCGCAGUCCGCAGUCCGCAGUCCACAGUCCGCAGUCCGCAGUCGGCGGUCUAUCUUUUAUACGGCCCGAUCCGAAACGCUUUACCCUGCGUAGAGUAAUGCUGCAAGGUUACAACAAAAGCAUAUUUAUCAGGGAAAAAAUAUUCAGCUUUAAUUCUUUGAAAACGUGUCGGCCAUGAUACAGGCAGGCUUUGGCUUCCUGUUGGCGUAACAUUUCCGCUAGAGACAGCUUGACGAAGACACGCAACACGAAACACUCCUUCACUGCAAGGCGACCGCCAUCUUGUUUGCAGUGGCGCCACUUCCGCUUUUAUCCUCCCCUCCCAUCACAGGUAUUUUUAGUCGGUUGGCAAUUUUUGUUUUUCAUAAAUAGGAAAAUCAAAAAACGAUUUUCAUUUUGGAUUUCACUAGCAUUAAUUCUUCUUUACACAUGAAAUUGCUUUGUCAAGUUUGAAUUUUUAAUAAGCUUGAAUUUAGGGAAUAGGAAUUUGAAAAUAUAAUUUUAACUUCGGUACCAAGCAAAAAUCUCAAAAUUGAAGAUUAUCGUUUAGUUUUCCUUCUCCUUAAAAACAAGAAAUAAAAACCACCAACUGACCAUUUUCAAUUUUCAAUUUUUGAUUUUCAAAACAUUGAAAAUUGUUUUUCAAUUUUAUGUUUCUUAGAAACAAAAAUUGACGAUUGAGAUUGUAAAUUUGUGAUUUUCAAUUCUUGAGGAAUCAAACAUUGAAAAUCACGAUUGGGAAUUUUUGAUUUUCAAUUUUCAGUUUGGAAUCAAAAUCAAAUGGACGAAAACCACACGGACCCAGUUUGCUGCCAGUAAUCAGUGCAACAGACGUAGGCCUGACCUCUUAGAAAACACGACGGUCAAACUGAGGUCAGUGUAUGUGCGGUGAUUGGUGGAUUUCGAUCCUCGGCCUUUGUCAGUUUCUUUGCGUUUGCGGUCUGUCUAUUCUAGCUGUUAUUUUGAUUAAAGGCAAUGAAAAAUGCAAUCGCAAACGGCAGGAAAAGGGAAGCAAAUACGAUUGAACACAACAGACAAGAAUAAAGAACAGGUAGAUUUUGUUCAUAAACCAAAUCAACAUUUGAUUAUUGAAUCGAGGUACAAUUUGACUGUUGGAUUAUUCAUUUUAUGAUGGAUUAUUGAAUCAACAAACGAAAUCAUUUUUCCAUUAAUGAAUUCAUUAGUUUGUUAGCGACGGGAACGCUUGACCUGGUUUGACUGUAACACCCAAUCUAGCUUGAGCUGCUGACACCCCUCGCGUUUUGUAAUUUUGAAAAAGAUUGAUGAGAGGCUUUGAAAUCGUCAACUACAAUACUGAACUUUUUUUACUAUUGUUUACGAACUCCUUUUUUAAAAUUUACUUUCUCCUUCCUCCUUUGUUUGACUGAUAAUUAACUGGUGAUACUUAUCGCACUGAAUUGUGAUAUUGUUCAGGUACUCUGGAUGGAGGCAUUGGACUUCUGUUACCAAUGACAGAAAAAACUUACAGGCGACUUCACAUGCUGCAGACCAAACUAGUUGAGUGUAUUCCACACAUAGCAGGACUCAAUCCAAAGGCUUUUAGGUAAGGUGAUCAGACACAGUUAAUGUUUGGACAUAUUUGUCGGAGAUAAUACUAACAAGUUUAAGUGUUCAUGAUACAUGUUUUGUCGUUUUAGUUGUUUGUUAAAUCUAUUCUCAGGUUAAACCUGCUCUUCUAGAAAUAAUUAGGGCAACAAGUAAACAAUAGAAGUUCUCUGAAUCAAAUAGAUUGAAAACUGUGGUCAACUUAAAUAUAACUUUUACAAGUGUAGCUACUAUUUUCAGACUCUAUACAACAAUUUAACUUAAACAAAGUCAGUAAUAAUCAAAAUCAAUCAGCUAGGACAAUACCAGUCAUCAUUAGAAUGCGUCAAGUCAUUGCCAACGAGCCAUCCGAGCGAAGACGCUCGGAUGGCGAGGCGGCAGCAGAAUAGAGCCGCGCAAGACUGCGCAAUAGGCAGAAAAAUUCUCGAUCGAGCUGAAAAAAGUGUAACCUAAUGUAAUGUAGAUUCCCCUGAGACCAAGUGGUCAGUUGUGAAGCAAUCAAAAGGCAGUACCUGGCACACGGGCUCAAGUUGAAUAACAAACAAAAUUUCACACACUUCCCGCCGUCGCGACUUCCUGUGUUUAUUUACCUAAAUUUUUUCGUCAAACCCGGCCACCGCAGUCAAGAGACAUGAGCACUUGAUAUAUUCUAUUAAUUUUAGGGGCCAUAAUGUUAAGUUUUAACGAAGAGAAGUUUGUAAAACAGCAAAAGUGUUCUAUGUGGUCCUAUGUGCAGCAAGUAAUAUUCUCACCACUAAAAAGGAUCAGAUUACACGAGGAGAUAUAAAGGAAAGCUUGACACGAAGAAUGCAGUCGCUUCUGUUGGAAAAUCUGGUGUUGGGGAAAAACUCUAACCAGCAAACAAAAGCAAUGACAACAAAACCGAAUUACAAGCCUAAAGCGAACGACAAAGGAAAAGAAAACAACGCCAUUUUUUUCGAAACGUGGCCGAGUUCAGUAUAAAAUUAAAUACCGACGUGACGUACAUUGCAUGUCCUUGGAAACAUUUCAGAUGGCCCAGCGAAUCAUUCUAAGUUUCAAUCCGAUAACACAAAGCCACGGGAAAUUUGAAAGGAGGUUUAAAUGAUUAAACUGUGCAAAUAUUUAUCGACAAUGUGAAACCGAACCGACAGUAGAUUUGUAGCUGGACUUAAUAAUAUUCCCGAUCGCUUCCUCUGCAAAGUGGUCAGCUAGAUAGCCGUUGCAAAGCUGACUUUAUUCCGAGGCACUUCACACUUUUACAUAGUAGGUUUGUAAAGCCACCAGACUGAAUCUGAGAACUUUUCAAGAAAAUAAUGCUUGCAACAGGAAGGGACCAAGGAACGGUCAAAUGGGAAAAAAAAGGAAUUCUAGUCCUAAGCAAAAUACGCAUGAUUUGCUCGUUGGCACUCUAUCGAUAGGUAUACCUAGUUAUAUUCUGAAAGAGAAAGUGGGGUACAUUUCAGAUGUGUCCAUAAGUGACAAAUAUUGCAAAAGAUAGCUUUGUGGUUAUUAUGAACUCGAAAUUUGCAUAUAGAACACGGAUUUUUGACAUUCUUUGGCAUAAUAGGGCAUACAAUAACAGAAAAAAAAGUAACAAAUAAAUAAAUAAAUAAAUUUUAAAAAAAUUAAUUUAAAUUUAACCUUAAGUGUUAAGUGUUAAGCAAGCUGACUUAACUAAUCACGAAUUCAAAUAUUAUUUGCCUGUAAGUACAAAAACUAUAUAUAAUAUUAUCAUUAAGCAAUAAGGGAAUAUAUACAAUAGGCAGGUACAAAAGUCGGACCGGAUCAACUCGGACCGCCAGUCCGGGUCGGAUCAACUCGGAUCGACUCGGAUCGACUCGGACCAACUCGGAUCGAAUAGAAAAAUAAAAAUAAAAUAAAAUUGGACUCGGAUCAACUCGGAGCAAUCAAAAAAAUUAAAUUAAAUCAGCAAAACUGAAAGUUUAACCCAUUUGGAGGGUAAAAAAGGCCAGAUCAUCCUUUUUUUCUCCGUGGCUUUCAGGCGCCAUUUUGUUUUACUAGCGCCAGUUCCUCUCGGAUCAUGUUUUUAGCUCGUGGUUGUGGUUGGACAGUAAACAAAAUUAGAAAUGAUAGUUUCAGUCGCCCAGAAUUGACUUAUGAAUUAUUUAUGAGAAAAUCAUGAAAAGCCUGGUCUGUUGAUCGCAUUUAGAUAUUUACCGAAGACUGUUUGUUUGUUUGUUCCUGUUUGUUUUUUUUUUUCUGCAGGACUUCUGAAACUUAAUUUUAAUGAUACACUAGUGAGCAGCACACAUACAUUUCCAGUGAACAUUUUCAACUUGGAAGGAGGAGAAACCAAGCUCGCCCAGGACAAAGGAAAUUUCCAUGCCCAAGGCAAGAAUUGAACUCGCGACCCUCCGGUUCAGUGGUUGGAACGUCCGAUAAACAUGUAGUAUUCGGAGGGUCGUGAGUUCAAUUCUGGCCUAGGGUACGAAAAUUUUCGUUGUCCCGGGCGAGCAUGAUUUCUCCUCCUUCCAAGAAGAAAAUGUUCCCUGGAAGUGUAUGUGUGCUGCUCACUAGUGUAUUAUUAAAAUUAACAAAAAUAAAAAUAAAAUUAAUUUACGCAACCACGAGUUCGUGAGAAAAAAAACAAAAUGGCGGGUGAAAGUUAAGUGAUACCGACUAAUUUUAUUUUUCUUUUUAUAUUCCGAGUUGUUUUUUUUAUGAUCCGAGUUGAUCCGAGUCCAAUUUUAUUUUAUUUUUAUUUUUUUAUUCGAUCCGAGUUGGUCCGAGUCGAUCCGAGUUGAUCCGACCCGGACUGACGGUCCGAGUUGAUCCGGUGGACUUUUGUACCUGCCUUAUAUACAAUGACUCACCCAAGAAAUCAGUUCUUGGGUGCCAUAAAGGUAAAUACAGAUGUGCAAAAGAAAAAAAAAGAUUAUUAAUAGUAGUGUAGUGCAAUUCAGUUACUGCGAGAAAAAGUUAGAUUGACAGCGUUCAACGACAGAGUUGUCAGUCACUACAAGUAAAUAAACAUACGUUCAGACUAUUCGCAAUACUUAGCUAUGAUCUCCUGACAAUCCUCUAAAGAAGUACAGCGUUCGAUGACAGAGCUGUCACCAGAAGGUCGAAAAGAUAUUACUCCAUCCACAGUCCAGACUUUGCUGACAAUGCCUUCUUCAAUAUCCUUGUUUAAGUAUUUAAGAAUUUCGCGGCGAUUGAUGGUUAAAUGAGGGGGGCAUUGGGAUUUUCGGUUUUGCGGUUUUGGCUAUUUUUUGGAUUGGUUUUUCGGUUUUUGUUGCAAAAGACUUCGGUUUUUCGGAUUUGGUGGUCAUUGCGGUUUGCGGAUUUUUCGUUUUUUAGCAUCUGGUUUUCGGUUUUCGUGAAAAAUACUAGCGGUUUUUCGGUUUUGGUACCCGAUGUGGUUUUUGGUUUUUGGAAGGGCAGUGAGUUUCAGUAAUCGACUGCUUUUUUGAGUAUCUGUUUAUUACCACAUUAAACCUUAGAGCAAGUUCCUGCUGCCAUGUAAAACUGAAAAGGAACUAAUUGUACCGGUUAGCUUCCUCAGUGUCGACUCAGCUCAGUGCAAUCGCAUGUUAGACAAUCGAGUCUCCAAACUUUCCGGUGUUAGUUAUCAAAUGGAAAUGUUCGAUUAGAGAUUUUCGGUUGAAGUUUCCAGAGCUAUAGCUUUUUGCGACUGCAAAAUUGCCAUUCUAAAGAGGACUUGUGUGCAAAUUAACUAGGCUCCAUAACUAGCGGCUUUUCGGAAAUUGAGCCGCAAAGUCUGGGCUCGAGAGAGCGGCAGAAACAAAGCCUAUGAUUUAAGCAGACACAAAAAGAUACGAAGGCUUCAGACAAAGUCCAUGACAUUCACAAAUACUUUGGUGAAAUUAGUGUUAGUUUAGUUUGCUCUGUAUGCCCCACUUGUCACCAUUGUAUCGGUUUUUGACGGUUUUGUAUGCGGUUUUCGGUUUUGGAUGAUUUUUUUCUUCGGUUUUGCGGUUUCUAAUAUACCCCAAUGCCCCCCUCUUAAAUCCUCUGGAAGGUUGAAUGGACGUUUACGUUCCUUGAGCACACGGCGGCGAGACAUGACCGCAACUUUAGAAUUAUGCUUAGUAAACCGCAUAAUAAUAGGUCUUGGUUCGACUCCAGAUUUCUUGCUUACACGAUGAGAUCUACUUAUGUUAUUUGAAGCAAUAUCCACGUUGAGUUCAGAUUUGAAGAAGUCGAAUGCAAGAUUAUCACUGUUCUCCUCUGGCUGUUCAGCAACUCCAUAGAUGCGAACAUUGUUUCUUCUUGUAUAUUGCUCCAAGUCGUCUACUUCUUGUGAUAGUCUAUAAUUGUCAUCUUCAAGACCUGCUAUGGCUUUGUCUUUCAGCGUUAGAUUAUUCUUAAGUUUGGUUAACUCUUCAUCCAGUUUGAUUGUCUUUGCUUGAUUUGAAUUUAUUAGUUCAUUUAUCUUUUUUCCCGAUGAGCCAAGUUGAGUUUCAGAACCGGCGGCAUCGAAGUUGAUACUAUCAGCCAGAGAUCUUUGAAACUCAGUCGAUGAGAUAUACCGUAGUCGUCGACGAUUUUAGUGAGAUUGCAUAAUGCUCGUAACGAGGCCCGGGAGUGAUGAUUUAACCCACUCGUUAAGUUUGAUCUCUAAUUUAUCCCAGUCAUCUUCAAAAGUCGAAUCAGUUGGAUCGAUAGAAUCAUUAGACAUAGGCGGUUUCCUUUUUGGUCCCAUAAUGGAAAAAUACGAGCGAAUAUAACCUUUAUUGCAAUAAAUUUGUGGAGCACAAAAUUAGGCAGCCAUCUUGGCUCGCUGACCGCUGACCAUCAUUCUAUCAAGAUCUAUUAAGUAUUUCCAGAACUCGUAAGGGGUUUUUCAACCUCUUAUGAGUUUCUGGUAUUUCUGCAUGAGGAUAAAGAUUCAAUAGCAAGUGUAGGCAAGCAAUUACAUGAAAGUGCAUUUUGUGAAUUUAAUAUACACUAAACAUUAAGGGCGGUUCUUACUAAAUUUCCAGACUGAGGAUAAUAAAAAACGCAAACGUUUAUUGAGUAACGCUAGAAGCAGAACAACUGAAAUCUCUAUGAUGUUACUUAGAAAAAAUGUUUCGCUGUCCGAUGUUUAGAGUGUUUUCUUCGUAUUGUAUACAUGUUUCCUCCAACUGCAAGUAUCAGAGCAAGUCAGUACGUUUGGAUGAUGAGGAACUACCCGGGAUUACCAAUACAUGUAUUUGCUAUCUAGUAGCAUGUCAUCUGAUCAACUUCUGUCGUCCAUACUUGCUAACGCAAUUUCUUUCUGUCUUGAUUUUAUUGUAACCCGAUAAUUGUUUUUCAGUUUAAGCUCAGUACGUUAUUGAAAUUUUGUAAUAUCCUUCUUGAUCUUAGAAACGGCUCAGGGCCACCUUGUUGUGGUGGCGGACUGUCUCGUCUUUUGUCUAUUAAUUAUUCACUUCGAAUUUUAAUUUUUAGCUACCCUUAAAUCUAAUAUUUUCUCAUUUUUCCAUACCUUUUAACAUUUGCCCUUCAAACUUUUGUUGAUUACAAAUAUUCUAAUAAUCACCAAAAAAUUCUCAAAAACUCAUCGUUCCAAGAACUUCAGGAUGAGUGAUUUAUUUUUAAAAUCGAAUGAUAUUUUGACGACAUUUUCAAGGAAAAGUGCUCACGUGAAAUGCAAACAAUGAUGCUUUUACAUUAGUGGUAUGAAAUGCAUUUGUAUUUAAUCGUUUGCCAAUAUGUGCUACUGAGGUUUUAUUUCAUUCAAAGGCGAAAAUGAAUGUAUUUUUACGGUAAUGAAACUGAUAACUGCUAUUUGAAAGCCUGUUUUUGGGUAGCGACAAGUAAAAGGCGUGUAACAUUAUGGCUUGCCUGUAAAAUUGUGUGUAGGCCCAACAAGGGUGUGAGUGGAUAAUUAGAAACCUCAACCCGGCGUACACAUGUCAUUCACCAACUGACACAAACACUAUUACAAAGCAGUAAGGCAGAGCAAUACCAACUGGUUGAAAAUAGAAGAAGUAAACUAUAGAGGUCGAUCUCUUGUUUUGUUUCUCUUCAUUUAGAGGAGUUACAACAGGGCCUAAUCGCGCGGGGUUGAAGUACAUUAUGAGACCCCGCCCAGCACUACAACUUAGUUUGACUGUAUUAUGGAAGGGCCUAAGUAAAGAAAAAUGUUAGAAUUUGCAUGUCUUUAAUAAAAUGCUAUUUAUACUACAGACAUGUCAUCGGAAAGAAACGCAGCCUGAACAAUGCUCACAAGAAUAUCCUAGAUGGAGAGCUUUUAGGCAAAUUUGCUCAUUUGGGUACAAUGGAAAGACUUGAAGUCACCAAGAAAAUUGGAACUACUCCUUCUCAGGUAGGCUGAUAGCAAUUAGAUUUAUCUCUUAUGCAGAUGCUAUGAACUGCGGAAAUACAAACUUUGAAAUGAAGAUAUGAUCGUCGUAGUGGUAAUUGCAAUUUAAAUAAUUGCAAAUUAACCUGAAAAAAAAUUUCGGGACUUCAACGGGAUUCAAACCUAUGGCCUCUGCGUUAGAGCCUCAGUGCUGUACUAAUUUAGCGAGGAAGAGCCAUGCAUUGGGAGCAAACCAAUUGGUUGAGUUCAUCUUAAACGUGAAUGGAAUGAAACACAUGCAGAUGAUGUGAACUGGUGAAUUGCGAAUUUUUAUGAUAUGAUCGUCGCAGUGGUAAUUGCAAUUUAAGCAACGAUCAUAUCUUCAUUUAAGAAUUUGUAUUUCCGCAGUUCAAAUCAUUGCAUAUGUUUUAUUCCACUUACUUAAGAUGAACUCAAUAAACUGGCCUGCUCCCAAUGUAUGGGUUUUCAUAGCUCAACUGGUAGAGCACUACAACGCGAACGCAGAGACCAUGGGUUUGAAUCCCGUUGAAGUCCCGAAAUUCUUUUUCCAAUUUCGGGAUAAUUUGCAAUUGCUGCAAUUGCCACUGCGACGAUCAUAGCUUCAUUUAAAAAUAUUAAUCAAUCUCGUUAUCUUUGCACGUCCUUAAAAAAUUUGAAAGAUCAUUUGCUAACGGAAGUGCGUUAAUAGUUUGUGAAGCUUAGUUGUCAAGCGUGAAUUUUCUUUCAAGUUCUGUGACCAUUUCUGUUAUUUAACAAUAUAGACGAAAUACAGGGUGCUUGUUCAACAGGGUGGGGGACCGCUUAAUACAGGGUGUGCGCUCGUAAGUUUUAGCACUCUGUUGACAAUUUCUUUACCCGUCAUUUUUUUCUUUAUUUCUAGAUUCUCGAUGACUUGAUGGAUGUUGAAAGAGCUUGCACACAUUUUUGA